CGCCGACGGGGCAGAGGGGGCGUACAUCAGAGGAGGACCUGUCAUUUCUUUAGAGCGAGUAGAGCUCGCGCAAACCGAGGCUUCCCUUGUCGUCUGUGUAUACUGUCUAGGCGGCUCAGGUGAUAAUCAUCAAAGUGUUUCAGUAUUAUUUACAAACGCGCGACCGACAGCUGAACGAGAGAUUAUUAUUUCUAGAGCAUUGAUCCAAACGGCCCUGCUGUCUCUAUACGUCAAAAAUGACCGACUCUAAGUAUUUCACCACCACUAAGAAAGGAGAGAUAUUUGAAUUAAAGUCGGAGCUGAACAAUGACAAAAAAGAGAAAAAGAAGGAAGCUGUCAAAAAGGUCAUUGCAUCUAUGACAGUUGGCAAAGAUGUUUCAGCACUCUUCCCAGAUGUAGUGAAUUGCAUGCAGACAGAUAAUCUAGAAUUGAAGAAAUUGGUGUACCUUUAUCUUAUGAACUAUGCAAAAAGCCAGCCAGAUAUGGCUAUUAUGGCCGUCAAUACAUUUGUCAAGGAGCUAGCAACAUCUCCGAUGACUAAGGACUGCGAGGAUCCGAACCCCCUGAUUCGCGCGCUAGCCGUUCGCACCAUGGGAUGCAUUAGGGUCGACAAGAUCACGGAAUAUCUGUGCGAACCACUGCGCAAAUGUUUGAAAGACGAAGAUCCUUAUGUGCGCAAGACAGCAGCCGUGUGCGUAGCCAAGCUUUAUGACAUUAAUGCAGGUCUGGUCGAGGACCAGGGCUUUCUGGACCAGCUCAAGGAUCUCCUCUCCGACAGUAAUCCUAUGGUGGUAGCGAAUGCGGUAGCAGCUUUAUCCGAGAUCAACGAGUCGAGCCCAAGUGGACAGCCUCUGGUGGAGAUGAACGCACAGACCAUCAACAAGCUCCUCACAGCUCUGAACGAGUGCACGGAGUGGGGCCAAGUGUUCAUUCUAGACUCGCUCGCGAAUUACUCUCCUAAGGACGAUCGAGAGGCCCAGAGUAUCUGCGAGAGAAUCACACCUCGUCUGGCGCACGCCAACGCCGCCGUCGUCCUAUCAGCUGUCAAAGUACUCAUGAAAUUGAUGGAGAUGCUGCAGUCAGAGUCGGAUUUCGUGGGAACACUCACGAAAAAGCUGGCACCGCCACUCGUCACAUUGCUCAGCUCCGAGCCGGAGGUACAGUACGUCGCAUUGAGGAACAUCAACCUGAUUGUCCAGAAGAGGCCGGAUAUCCUGAAACACGAGAUGAAGGUGUUCUUCGUCAAGUACAACGACCCCAUCUACGUCAAGCUCGAGAAGCUGGAUAUCAUGAUCAGACUGGCAUCGCAGGCGAACAUCGCACAGGUUUUGUCGGAAUUGAAGGAGUACGCCACGGAGGUGGACGUUGACUUUGUGAGGAAGGCCGUCAGGGCGAUUGGUCGUUGUGCCAUCAAGGUGGAACCUUCUGCAGAGAGAUGCGUGUCAACGCUGUUGGAUCUUAUUCAGACCAAGGUAAAUUACGUAGUGCAAGAGGCCAUCGUCGUGAUCAAGGACAUCUUCCGCAAAUAUCCCAACAAGUACGAGAGCAUAAUCUCGACGCUCUGCGAGAACCUCGACACUCUUGAUGAACCUGAGGCACGAGCCUCCAUGAUCUGGAUCAUCGGCGAGUACGCUGAGCGUAUCGACAACGCGGACGAGCUUCUCGAGAGCUUCUUGGAGGGCUUCCACGACGAGAAUACUCAGGUGCAGCUACAGCUGCUUACCGCCAUCGUCAAGCUCUUCCUCAAGAGGCCCACCGACACACAAGAGCUCGUGCAGCAGGUCCUCAGUCUCGCCACUCAAGACUCCGACAAUCCGGAUCUGAGAGACAGAGGAUUCAUCUACUGGAGACUGUUGAGUACCGAUCCGGCAGCAGCCAAGGAGGUCGUGCUCGCUGAGAAGCCGCUUAUUUCAGAGGAGACAGAUCUGUUGGAGCCAACUUUGCUGGACGAGCUCAUCUGUCACAUCUCGAGCUUGGCUUCGGUGUACCACAAGCCGCCGACGGCGUUUGUUGAGGGCAGAGCAGCUGGAGCCAGAAAAUCACUGCCGGCUAGGAGUAACUCUAACGAUGACCCGGCGUCCAGAUCGCAACCGCAGGCACAGGUCAUUCCUGCACAGGACUCGCUUAUCGGAGAUCUGCUCAGUAUGGAUAUCGGUGGACCAUCCCUGGUAACGCCAACACCACCACCUUCCACAGGACUCGGUCUGGAUCUGUUGAGCAGUGGUCUCGACGGUAUUCUAGGAGGUCCCGAAACUACCGCCCCACCUGCCGUGUCACAGACAACAACCGGACUGCUAGGAGAUAUCUUCGGUUUCACUCAGGGCACGACGUCCUAUGUAGCACCAAAGGUUAAUUGGUUACCAGCGGAGAAAGGAAAGGGCUUCGACAUUUGGGGAACGUUUUCAAGAAAGAAUGGUCAGAUAAACAUGGAUAUGACGUUUACGAACAAGGCAAUGCAGCCAAUGGGAGGUUUCGCCAUUCAAUUAAAUAAAAAUAGCUUUGGUUUGGCACCUGCGGUACCCCUACAAGUUCCAGCUCCAUUGAAUCCCGGUCAGAGCAUAGAGGCAUCGGUGGUAUUGUCUACUGUGGGCGCGGUACAACGGAUGGAACCCCUCAACAAUCUCCAAGUUGCAAUUAAGAACAAUAUCGAUGUCUUCUAUUUUGCCUGCAUAGUUCCCAUGAAUGUUUACUUCACCGAAGAUGGACAAUUAGACAAGAGGGUAUUCCUAUCAACAUGGAAAGAUAUUCCAGCUCAAAAUGAAGUUCAAUAUACCUUAUCUGGAAUUAUGUUGACGACGGACCAAGUAGUAUCGAAAAUGCAGCAGAAUAAUGUAUUCACAAUAGCCAAGAGGAAUGUUGAAGGUCAAGACAUGCUGUACCAGUCACUGAAGCUUACCAAUAAUGUAUGGGUGCUCGUUGAAUUGAAAAUUCAGCCAGGAAAUCCAGAUAUUUUGUUAUCGUUAAAAUCAAGAACUGUGGAAGUGGCAUCUGCAAUCUUUCAAGCAUACAAUGCUAUUUUAUAUUCAUAAAUUUAUAAUCAUUCCAUUAUAUUUCAAGUUUUGUGUACAUUUGUUGAUUAUGACAUUAUCUAGUGUUGGUGCCUGACGAGAACAAAAAUUUUUAGGAACGCGUAUUGCAAGUUGUAAAAUUCAAUUUUAAUAAUUUUCAUGAAAAAAAGUAUAAUUAUUGAGGCAUCCAAAUGCAAGAUAUAUAUGUAUAAAAUAUA